GGAGCCUCCCGGCGGCUCCAGCGGAGCCUCGGGCCGCGGGCGGGGCUCCUCUCCGGCGGGCGGCUGCGGGAGUCUGGGGGCCGCCGCUUCCCCUCCGGGUCUGCGGAGGCGCCUGGCCCCGCCUCCCCGCUGCCACUGUCGCUGUCGCUGUCGCUGUCGAACAGAAACCCGGCCGUUGCCUGCAGGAGCGGCGGCAGCCGGCGACCCGGCGGUGAACAGCCUCGGGCGCGGCCUCACCUCGCCGGCAUCAGCACCGCGGACAGCACAGCGGCCGGACUCAGGACCUAGGGGCCCGCCGGGCCGCCUGCCCAGGGCGCCCGGGCCGGAGGCGCCCCUGUCAGCACUACGGACAGCGCACCGGGUUCCCGGCCCGAGUCAGCACGGCUGACAGCCCCCUUGACCAGCCCCCCAGCCGGCUUGGAGCGGUCAGCGCCCUCAGAAUAUGGCCACCGAGGUUUUUCGGGGAUCGUUCGAGACAUCUGCUGGGGUAAACUCUACAGUCCGGCUUCCGGAAGAUCUUCCUGGAGCACACGUGCACAAUCUGCAGGAACUCCGGCGAAGCGCAUCCCUGGCCACCAAGGUCUUUAUCCAGAGAGACUACAGCGAUGGGACCAUCUGCCAGUUCCAGACCAAAUUCCCUCCCGAGCUGGACAGCCGGAUCGAGCGGCAGCUCUUUGAGGAGACUGUGAAGACCCUCAACAGCUUCUACGCGGAGGCUGAGAAGAUUGGGGGCAGCUCCUACCUGGAGGGCUGCCUGGCCUGCGCCACGGCCUACUUCAUCUUCCUCUGCAUGGAGACCCACUACGAAAAGGUUCUCAAGAAGAUCUCCCGCUACAUCCAGGAGCAGAAUGAGAAGGUCUUUGCCCCCCGAGGCCUCCUGCUCACGGACCCCGUGGAGCGUGGGAUGAGAGUUAUCGAGAUCGCCAUCUACGAGGACCGGUGCAGCAGCGGCAGCUCCAGCAGCGGCAGCAGUGGCAGUGGCAGCAGUGCUGGGGGUGGCGGGGCGGGGGCCCGGUGACUGGCCGAGAGUCCCUGCAGGGAGGCGUAUGGCAGGACUGAGGGCCUUGCAGACCUUCGGCGGCUGCGCUACCAGAGCACCCGCUUCUGAGUCAUUCUGUGGGCCCACCUGCUGCCCCGGGUGGGAGGCCCACAUCUGACCGGUGUUUCCCAUAGGCCGUCCGCCGCACCCCCUGCCCUUCCCCCCGGAAGGACGGUCCGCUUCCCUAUCCGGCUCUUCCCCAUAGGGCUGGUCUGGGUCACACACAGGCUAGGGUGGGGACAGCACAAUUUGGACAGCCCUUGCUUCUGCAGCAACUCUUCCAAUACCCCAGAGAGGGCCCAGCUGUGUCACAGAGCAUUCCCAUCCUGCAUGAUUCCUCACCCCAAGUGCCACGUCCCUGAGGGCUCUUCCCUCGGGGCCCCGCUCCCCGUGGCUGCCUCCCAAUGUCUGUGCUUCCUGAUGCCGCCCCACGGCCUCUGCCUGUCUGUGAUCCUGCCUCUGCCUGAUCUGGGGUCUGGGGAGACAGGAGCGGUCAGACUGUGCGUGCCAUGGUGGAGAGCUAGCUCUCAGUGUCCCUGCCCCGACCUCUUCUAGACCUGUGGCUUCCCUGCUCUCCACCCAAAGCCUGAGGCCAUCUUGGCCUUGUCAAGAAGCAUCCAACCACUGAGACUUUGUAGGCCACCAGGUGCUGGUCAUUGGACACACAGCCUGGGCCUCUGGGAAGGGUCUGGAGAAAUGCUUCACGGAGAGGUGUGGCCGUGGGGCUCGAACCUCCAGAACUGAAGCCCACUUCCUCAGAUCGGAACCUGCAUGUGUGUGAGAGCGCGUUGGUGCACAUGUAGGCAGGAAUGUGGGUACGUGUAUGUGGAGGUGUGUGUGACUGCACCUGUGUGUGUGUGUACACACACGAGUGCAUGUGUGUGAGUUCUCGAGUGUGUUCCCCUCAGCUGCCAGGUCAACAGCUGCUCCUCUCUGCAUCCUGUCUCGUCUCCCUGCGCAAUGGUCUGUGGCUGCUUCUGUGUGGGGUCCAGCCUGCGCCUGUAGAUAAAUGUCCUGCUGCCCCUUUGCCCGUUGUCCCCGGGGCUGCUGGCUUGGCUUUUCUUCCAGGCCUUUUCCCAGCUGCAAGCUCCUCCCCCGCUUCUGACUCUAUUGUGCACAUUCUAGCAGAAGAGAAGCUGGGGUUCUAGAGAGCAGAGCCAACCUUCUGGGGCCUUCCACGCCCCUGUCCCAGCUCCCAUGACGAGGCAACAGGGCCACGGACGCUGCACGUUCAGCUGCCCAGGCUCCAGGGCUCUCUAGGGCUGUGUAGGUGAGGCUGCCUUGGACAUUCGAAGGAGCCGGCAACCUGCAGGGGAACAGGGAAACCCCUUUCUUGAAAAGAAAGAGGGGCAUCCAGCCCAUGAGUCCCCCGCUGCCCAGGCUCAGUGGGAAGGAAGCUGCCCCGUCCUGGUGUCCUGAAGAUGGACGGGAGGAGGCUGCCUGCCUCAGUGGCAGGAGGUGCUAGAAGUGGACAUGAGAGACCAGCCACUGCAGGUAGCUUUCUGAAACCAAAGAGGGACCUGAUUUUCUUCUGACACAGCAGCAGCGUGUGGGGAGGAGGUGCCUGCCCAGAGAGCUGGAGAGGGCGUCCCUGCCCCCGGGCCCAGGCCGGUUCUGUCUGAUCCAGGCAUCGCCCCAGAAAGCUGCAGUCCAGUGGGCUCCACACAGCCCCCUGACCCCUGGACCCGGCCUGUGCCCACCCUGGCCCACCGUGUGACUGGGCCUCGUGUCUGACCUGUGCCUCUCCAGUGGGAUGGCUGGCACGGGUGACGCAGUGGCCUUUUGUUUUAUUAUUUCUUUUUCCAAUAAAAGGACUUGCUCAGCUUGA